AUGGCGAACUAUCUAGCAAAAUUUCAAUCUGCUGCAACCAAGGUUGGCAUUCAGGCUACCGCAUUUGCACAAGAUGCUGGUAGGCAGAUCAACGAGCAGGCCAAUCUUGCCAGGGCUGGAUUCUCGUGAGUAAAGCGACAACUCAUGUGAGACUUGCAGCACAUCAGUAGAGCGUUGGGGAGACGGGCGCAUAGACGGGAAAGGUGCGAGCGAGCUCAAAGCGAGACGCAAAGGCAUGUGCACUAUCUACAUGGAGGUACACUUGGAUCGCUCAGGCAGCGCGCCACGGGCCACGUGCCACUCGGGUCCAGCGGCAUCUUCUGUGUCGGUCUCUGAUCGUCGAUCUGUUCCUGAGUUCCAGGGUGCUUGAGGCUUCUACUACCAGCUGCAAAGUGAAGGACGCUGUCGACUUCUGUCACAGCGCAACGAGCUUCCCUCGCACCCUGCUGACCUUUCUCGAAUCAUUUGCACUUCAGACUUCCAAAGGAGUGCGAGAAGGCAGCCAAGAUCCUCGAAGCAUUUGUAGCCAACCCAGACCACCCGGACUCUGCUCUCAACUCCAUCCCCAAGGCGGUGCUUCAGAAUGCCAAGGGUAUGUGAGAGAUCAGCGAUGAGACGUGGGAAUUUACACUUACUGCAAACACCUUGCGAUGAUGUGUCACAGGUCUGGCCGUUUUCAGCGUCAUCAAAGCCGUGAGUCUCUGCUCUUCGGCUUGCGAUCGGGUUGCUGGGGCAUCGAGCACUGACUUUCGGGAUGUGCUAUGAUGUGCAGGGUUUCGUCUGGUCGGGCAGAGCCGGUAGUGGUGUAGUGAUCGCUCGCUUGCCGGACGGGAGCUGGUCGGCGCCAAGUUGCAUCGCUACAGGUGGAGCUGGAUUCGGUCUGCAGAUAGGUGCUGAAAUCUCCGACUUCGUCGUCGUCAUGAACUCGUGUGUACCGGGGCUUGACUGUGGCGUUCUAUAGCUCGGACCCCUGCUUACUCGAAAGACUGCGCUGCAUGCACUGACCUUUAGAGAGGACGCUGUGCGAUCCUUUGCUCUCGCUGGCAACUUGACCAUCGGAGGCAACAUGUCUGCUGCGGCCGGGCCUAUUGGUGUCGGAGCAGGUGCUCAAGCCGCCUUGGCGCAUCCGGCUCCCAUGUUCAGCUACUCAAGGUCAAAGGGCCUGUACGCGGGCAUUUCGUUGGACGGAUCAAUUCUUGUGGAGAGGAAGGAUGCCAACAAGGAGUUCUACGGAAGUCCAAUUCCUGCCGCUGACUUGCUCACUGGCAAAGUUCCAGCUCCCGAAGCUGCUAGCAAUCUGUAUGAAGUGGUCGAGGCUGCUGAAGCAGUCGAUGAAAGCGGCUUGCCCCAACAAGCAUACGUGCCGACUCCUGGCGGAGGAGCACGUGAGUCGUAAAAGCGAUUGUUUCCACGGCUCCAGCAGCACGCUGAUGUUCUACCCCUCCACGCAUCUCCGGUAGAGUCGGUCGCUCAGGCCUACAAUCUGAGCGGUGAUAAAGCGGCUUCUGCAGGCAGCGGACCCGGCGCGACUGGCUCUCAGCCUUCAGCUUCAGCGUCUGGUGGAGCCAAUACCAUUUUUGAUGCGGGAGCAGCAACCGACAAGACGGGCUGA